UCCCCGGGGUGGCGGGAGGCCGGGCUGCGGUCAGGGAGCGGGCGGUGCGCGCCGCGGGACUCGAGCCGCGGGGGCGCCGCACACGCAGCGGCGGUGCCGCACCGGCCCGGGAGCCCCUCCGAGUGCGGGUGGGUGCUCGGGCAGGGUGACCGCUGCGUUGGGGCCCGGUGGGGACACAAGGCUGGGCCCUGUCAGAGCACUAAGCAGUUUUGGUGAAGUGUCGGGAAAUUGAAAAUUGUUCCUCCAAAGGGAGUGACCUUCGGCCAGAGCUGCUCUGUAAUUCGGGGCUUUCCAGCCCUGCACACACCCUGUGUAGCAGCUGGACAGGCCCGGUGCCUCCCGCCCGAGGUCAGGUAACCAAGCCCUGCCCCAGACCGGCAGAGGGAUGGGUUUUGUGUGCGGUGCUGGCAGGAAGCUCAGGAAGCAUCCCUGUGUGCCCGCAGGGAUGGCCGGCGGCAGCCAGGACCGCAGCCUGCGGGAGGAGCUGACCUGUGCCAUCUGCUGCGAGCUGUUCAGCGAGCCCGUCAUGCUGGACUGCAUGCACCACUUCUGCAAGGGCUGCAUCCAGCAGUACUGGGACAGCUGCGCCCAGGGCCCCUCCUGCCCGCAGUGCCGCCGCAGGUUCCCCGGCCGCGCUUUCCGCACGCACUACCUGCUCUCGGGGCUGGUGGACAAGGUGCGGCGCUGCGGCUCCCAGGAGCACCAGCACAAGAUGCGGAAGCACCUGGAAGAUGCUUUGCAAGCUCGUCAGAAGGAGAUGGAGAAGUUGCUGCAGAGGAAGCGCGUGGUGCAGGAGGACAUCUGCAGCCUGACGAAGGUGUCUGGGGAGCUGAACUUCAAGAUUCGGGCUGAGUUUGCUCGCCUUCAUCAGAUCCUGGAGGAAGAGGAGAGAGCUGUGCUGGCAGAGCUGGGUGAGAAGGAGGAGCAGACACUGGCCCAGCUGCACAGGCACAUUGGCCAGCUGGAAGAGGGGAUGGCAGUGCUGCAGAGAGACAUCGAGCACGUCAAGCAGACCCUGAGCAAAAUGGAAGAUGUGUCACUGCUGGAGGUGGAGAGCCUGGAUAUCAGGCCCUUGGUGCGUGUGGAGACCAAGCCUGCCCUGGACCUGCAGCACUACAGGGACAGCCACAGUGGUCCCUUGCAGUACAUCUUCUGGAGGCAGAUGCUGCGCUCCAUCUGCCCUGCUCCUGCCCCACUCACCUUUGACCCUGAGUCAGCCCACCCCAACCUGGUCCUCUCCAGAGAUCUGACAGCAGUGACAGAGAGGAAUCGAGCCCAGCCCGUGCCCGUCAGCCCUCGGCGCUUCCGCCAGUGCGUCAACGUCCUGGGCUCACAGGCCUUCGACAGCGGCCGGCACUACUGGGAGGUCUGGGUGGGCAGCAAAACCAAGUGGGACCUGGGGGUGGCUGCUGAGGCUGUGGACAGGGCAGCCAAGGUCAAGCUGUGCCCAGAGAACGGCUACUGGACGCUGCGCCUGCGGAACAGGACAGAGUACUGGGCCACUGCCAGCCCCUGGGUGCGCCUGGCUCCCCGCCGGCCCCCUCGGAAAGUGGGCGUCUUCCUGGACUGCCAGGAGCGCUCCGUCAGCUUCUUUGAUGCUGGGGACAUGUCCCACCUCUUCACCUUCCACCAGGUCUCUGCAGAGAGAUACUGCCCCUUCUUCAGCACCUGCUUCAGUGACGGGAGGGACAACGUGGAGCCCAUGCGCCUCUGUCACCUGGCCCUGUGAGGGACCGGGGUGCGCUGGGGACACCGGCCUGGCUCCGAGCUGAGGGGUGUUGAGCUGUUUUGGUUUCAGUUUUGGGAGGAAGGAAGGGAUGAGUCUCAUCCCAGGUCCUGUCUGCCCUCCCUUCCCUGUGCCAUGGCUGUGGUUGCCACAAGGCACUGACAGGGGUUCCUGGCACCCAUAGAAGAGCAACCUGCCUUCCCUGAGCACGGCAUAGUGCAGUAACAGCAGCCACGGGGCUGCAGGGGAGGGGGCUGUGAGUUGCUGGCACCUCCUGCCUUUCUGUGCCCACCCGUAAGCCCCGUGGAGCAGGGCAGCGGUCCCGGGGCACCAUCGGGUGCCUCUCAGCGCCACAUCCCGGCCAUGGCAUCCCCUGCGGGAAGAGCUUCCCGGGGCUGGGCUGCGGGCCGGCAGCACAGGGAGCCCGGGGCACAGCCCAGGGACUGCAGCACGGCUCCCUCACCUCGCUCGCUAUUAAAGCUCUUUAGAAAUUCA